AUGCAGUAAGUGACUCCUGCAUAUGUCAGAAAUUUGAAUGGAAUCACACAAGAUUUUCUGUGUCCAGUAAGUGCUAAUACUUACAAUAUUCAAUUCUUGAAAUUUAGAAUAAGAGAUAUGGAUUCGGGGCAAACCCUAUUCGAAGUGGAGCGAGAUCAAGACGAAGAGUCGAUAGAAAAUCUACCUCCAGAAUAUCAAGAUGAGGCUAGACGCAUUAAAUAUCAUUUCGGACCUUAAUUCUUUGAAUUGAAGACUGUUGGUGCUUAAUUGACAUUCUCAGUGGGCAACAAGCCUGUCAAAAACUUUACAAUUAUUGAGAGACAUUAUUUCAAGGAUCACUUAUUGAGAAGCUAUGAAUUUUAAUUUCCCUUUUGCAUUCCCGACUCAACAAACACUUGGGAACACAUCUACACUAUUCCAGAGAUAGAUGAGGCAAUGAGAUAAGAAAUGAUUGACAAUCCAUUCUAGACAAAAUCAGACAGCUUUUAUUUUGUGGGAGAGCAACUCGUGAUGCAUAAUAAGGCAGAAUACGACUAUUCACCUUUUGAUUGAUAUAUUAGUAAAUCUAUAAAAAUAUCAUAAUUUGGAUUUCA